AUGUGCAGUUUUGGAUUGGCUUUCCUUUUUUCCGUGUGCCCAGUGGCUGUGUUGGGAAACAUCAUUUUACUGAUUAUUGUCCCUACGGAAUGUAAUUUGCAUCAGCCCAUGUACAUCUUCCUGGCUGUGCUGGCAGUAACUGACAUAAGACUGUGUGCAGCCAUUGCUCCCAAGAUGUUGGCCAUCUUUUGGUUCAAGUCUUGCUCAGUGGCCUUUGAUGCCUGCCUAGCUCAGCUGUUUUUCAUCUAUGCCAUGCAGUGCAUGGAGUGUGGUAUUCUGUUGGCCAUGGCCUUUGACCGCUACCUUGCCAUCUGUGAUCCUUUGAGACACACAUCCAUCCUCACACCUUCCGUCUUGGUUCACAUGAUAGUGGCAGUGGCAAUCCGAGGUACAGUGCUGGUUGGUCUGUUACCCAUUCUUAUCAAAAGACUGCAUAUUUUCCAUUCCAUUCUUAUUGCCCACUCUUACUGUGAACACAUGGCUGUCGUCAAGCUGGCUACAGAAGACAUCCAAGUCAAUAAAGCAUGUGGUCUUUUUGUGGGCUUUACCAUUCUGGGAUUUGACAUGAUUUUUAUCCUUGUGUCCCGUGUUCUGAUUUUCCAAGUUGUUUUUCAUCUACACCAAAAGGAGGCACAGUUCAAAGCAUUUAACACAUGCACAGCUCAUAUUUUUGUUUUCCUUGAAUUUUAUAUUCUUGCCUUUUUCUCCUUCUUCAGCCACCAUUUUGGACAUGUGGCCCCCUCCACCCACUUUCUGUUGUCUACCAUUUACCUCCUUGUGCCACCUGCACUCAACCCUAUUGUCUAUGGUGUAAAAAACAAGAUAAUCUGA